UAAGCUAGCAGCCAGUCACUAUUUAAUCGCAAAGGAAUACAGCUAACCGUGGCCUUGGAGAUUCUCAACUCAGGGUUCUGUCCCCCAAGACGUGAUGCCGUAUUCCGUAACGUUUCACCCAUAGACAUACGUAUAGAAUAGUUUUUUUUUUCUUUUUUUUGAGCAUGUACUUAACACAAAUAAAACUGUAAUGUGCGUCCAAUAGAAGGCUCAGGUUACGCUGAACAAAAUGCCCAGCACUGAUCUUCAGCCCUUUGGUGUGCUUGAGCCUUUAUUCCUAUUUGUGCUAUAGAUUUGUAUAUUGUAUAGAUUAUCUGUGGCUUAGCAGACAUGUGCCUCUGUCCGCUCAGUCGCAAUAUGCUAACCCAUACGCUGUGUCCGUCUGCCGGUUAUUGAUUGCCACAAUAGUUCAUCACGGGUUGUGCAUCCAAACAGAGUAAUUUGGUAUGUGUCGCCCUGAUUAAUAGGUGGGGGCGGGGAGUGGGGAGCGAGGGUUGACAAGGCGUUUUAGUUGCUAAUUUGUAAGUAAUAAUCGUUCUCAUCUUCGAGGGUUCGCCGUUGCAUUCACGACUGUGACGCCCAAAGCUCGGGGUACUCGUCAAAAAUAAAGCUUUAUAGAUCAGAUUUUUAAACCAGCCGUGUGCCUGACGUCAACCUUCUUUGGUAUUGGGGUUGUUGCCUAUAAGCUGUCGAGGUAUUGGGUUCCUUAGUCAAUUCUCAAAAUCUUAUUCUAUUUCGUUUUACACAACUUUAAACAUGCCACUUUAAAGUUAGCUACAAAAAUACAUUGCACAAUUUUAAAACUUGACGACCAAGUUGAAUCAACGGGAAAAUGUUUUCCACGUCCCGAAUUAAAAUUAGACAUAAAUUACGAGGUUGGUAAUCGCUGGUACCGUCGCAAGGCUUGCAUCGCGUGUACGUUACGCCUAAUUGUGCCCGCGGCUCCGAUACGGCCCCAGUAGGGCUCUGCCCCUGGCCCGGGCCGUGUCAAAGCGCCUCAUAUAAGAAAUUGUUAGUAAAAUACCGGUUACAACCAGAAUUAAGUGGAAGAAACGAGUUUUGAUGGCGUUUGAGCCGUUAUUUUUCAAAUUUGGAAACAAUUCCAUUUUUCAAUUUUAAAAUUGAACUUAUUUUUUAUUGAAAAUACUCUGGUAAUCUUGUAACCGUAUUUUUCAAAUUUAGAACACUCCGAACGCAAUUUGAAUUACCUAUCGGACCUUAGUUUUUUAUUCGAACAUUUAUAAAUGUAGUUGGCUGGAAACAAAGUGAGAUAAAGUGUCGAUGAAGAUAAAAUUGGAGACGUGCCGUGAAUCGAGAUGAAGCUAGCCCGCAAGAAGGCCGCGCAGGUCCAGUUGCAGAGCGAGCUCAACACGGAUGAUGAGUGGAACAAGUUCGUGGCAAAGGAUGGACUUCUCGUGAUCGACGUGUACUCUGAAUGGUGUGGGCCGUGUAUCGGCAUGGUGGGCAAUCUGAAGAAGAUCAAGGUGGAGCUCGGGGGAGACAACCUGCAUCUUGCUGUGGCUAAGUCUGACCACAUCGAGUGUCUCAAGAGGUUCCGGAAGCGCAGCGAACCUACGUGGAUGUUCUUGGCGGGCGGUCAACUCCUUAACGUGGUGUUCGGAGCAGACGCUCCCCGCCUCACGCGCACCAUCGAGCAGGAGUUGAAAAAUGAGGAGCAGGUCAAGAAAGGAGAGAGGGAACGACCGAAGAGGCUGCCUCAUGAGCUCACUACGCCAGAACAGGAAGUGGCAACAGCCCAAGAGAAGCUGGCGCAAGAACGACGACAGAGAGAGGUCGAAGCAGUCGAGGCCAACCACCUCGCUCGUCGGGAGGCCCGAGCCAAGCGCCUGGAGGCCUACUUCAACGACAUCUGUCCUGCUCUAAUGACGCCGCAUGCGCAGAAGAACUUGAGGAGAGUCGCCGAGGCAUUGGAUGCACAAGGAGUUAUCGUGGCAGACAAAUGUCCCUGGGUGUUGGGAAAGGACGGUGCCAAGCGACUGGCGCUGGAAGACCCUGAAUUUGGAGAAGAGCAUGUCGUAGCCGUGCUGGCUGACAGACCGGCGCUCAUCCUGCUCUUGAAGAAAGCGCCGGAGAAAGAAGGAUGUGUUAUAGAACUAACCCGUCUAGCCAUGUACGGGGACGGUCUCCCGGAGGAGGAGAGAAGCAGCAAGAAGUUCCCGGCGGAGGAACUGCGUCUGGACAACAUUCCCGGGAUCUUCGUGCCCGCCGACCGCCACCAAAGGGCUGCUGCGUUAGAUCUGCUCUUCCCCAAGAUGGUAGGUGCAGUAGUAGAACCUCCACCCACAUUCGAGCCGCCUCAUAUUGCCAUGAUGUUCGGCGCGUGGCAGCGACGCUCCGUGUUGGAGGCAGCUGAAGCACCCCACAUCAAGAAGAGGAUACUGAGAUACGGGUUCUUUGCUGAUGCUAAUAUUGAAGAGCCGAAGCUACUAGCUAAGAAUAUUGAAAAGUAUGAAGAAAGACCUGAGAAGGACUACUGUGAAACAAUAGUGGUGAUGAUAGCGGUGGGCGUGUGCGAGCCAGCGCUGGCCGACCCGCAGGAUAUCCCUCCCCCCGGCGCCCCCGCGGCGCUGGCGGAGCUCGGCCCGCUGCGCGUGAGCCCUGACGCGGUGUCGGGGGAACAGGAGUGUCGCAGGUUCUUCCCGCCGGGGUACAGCGAGCCCGAGGUCAAGUACCGCCCGAAGGGGAAGAAGAAAAAGAAGAAGCGUCCAAAAGAAGAUACAGUGGAAUCUCAAUCGGAAGCUCCGCCGGCCGAAGCAAGCGAAGCCGAAGCGAACGGAGAAGCGGACAGCGUGGCGGAAGAUGAAGAUGAGACCAUUGGAGAAGGAGAGGAAAACGGCGAAAGUGAUGAAGCGCAGGCUGUUGAUAAAGCUACGUCGCCACCACCAGCAUAAGAGA